AGGGACACGAAAACGACACCGCACAAAUUUUAAAAUCUCAACAGUAACUUUUUUACCCUCCCUUUUCACUUCCUUUUUUUCGCGCCAAAGUUCUUUAACAAAAACACCAGCGAAAAUUUACACAAAGGUAAAAUAUAUUUAGCGCCAAAAUUUAAAUUACUAUAAAUAAAUUAAAAAAAAACCCUUUCAACAAUCUCUCCAAAAUUAAUCGAUACAAUUUUUUUUUUAAAUUAAUUUUGCUUAAUUUUUUGAGCAAAAUUAGUGUAAAAUGGAAGGGAAGAUUGAAGAAAAUGAUGAGAAAGUGAAGACGAUACGAUCGAUAAUUGGGUUUGAAAUUCCGGAUAGUGAAAUUAUGGAAGUGCUUAUAGAGAAAAACAAUGAUAUAGAAGGAGCUAUUAAUCACUUGCUCGAUUUUUGGAUGCCAUUGAUAGUGAAGAAGACUGUUACGAGUGCCGGUGUACGUAUAUCUGGCCCUGUAAAUCAAGAAAAUGGUGAAGGAAAGAAGGUUUUUGAUGUGCGUGGAGCAAAAGGGGUGAAAGUUAAUGAAGAAAUUGAGGUGGGUAUCGAUGAAAAAAGGCGAAAAGAGGAAGAAAGUAAGGUUCUUGAUGGGUGUGGGGCAAAUGGGGUUGUUGGUGAAUUGGAUUUGGGUUGUGGAAUGGUUAAUGGGGUGAUGGUUAAUGGAGAAAUGGAGGUGGGUAUCAAUGAAAAAAGGCGAAAAGAGGAAGAAAUGGAGGUUCUUGAUGGGUGUGGAGCAAAUGGGGUUGUUAAUGGGGUGAAAGGUGAUGAAAAAAUUGAGGUGUGUAUGGAUGAAAAAAGGCGAAAAGAGGAAGAAAGCAAGGUUCUUGAUGAGUGUGGGGCAAAUGGGUUUGUUGUUGAAUUGGAUUUGUGUUGUAAAAUGGUUAAUGGGGUGAAGGUUCGCGAAGAAACCGAUGUGUGUAUCGAUGAAAAAGGGCAAAAGGGCGAAGAAUGUGAUAUGGAUAUCGAGGGAAAAAGGCGAAAAGAGGAAGGAAAGAAGGUUCUUGAUGAAUGUGAAGCAAAAGGGGUUGCUGGUAAAUUGAUUUCGGGCUGUGGAAUGGUUAAUGGAGUGAAAGUUAAGGAAGAACCUGAUGUGAGUAUCAAUGAAAAAGGGUUGAAAGUUAAAGAAGAAAUCAAUGAGUUUGUCGAGGUAAAAGGGCGAAAAGAGGAAGAAAAGAAGGUUUUUGAUGUGUGUGGAACAAAAGGGGUUGUUGAUAAAUCGGUUUUGGGUAGUGAAAUGGUUAAUAGGUUGAAAGUUAAGGAAGAACUCGAUGUGGAUAUCGAGGAAAAAGUGCGAAAAGAGGAAGAAAAGAAAGAUUUUGAUGGGCGUGGAGCGAAAGGGUUCUUUGGUAAGGCGAUUAAAGAACUGGUUCUUGAACAGUGGAUAAAGCCGCCCAAGAGUAAUCCACAUAUCGAUAUGCAGAAGCCGAAAGAAGAAAAGGAACUCAAAAUGGUAAAGUUCAAAGAAGAGCCAGUACUUUGUGUUGAGCCAUUGUCAUCAAUGCCAUUGUCAAAACAAGAAUACAACAAACUGAAUAGUAGUAAUAAUAGUCUUAGUACUGUUGUGAUUGAGGAUGGUGAUUUUCCAGAAGAUUCUGAUUGGUUGUUAGUUGGAAGAACUGUUGUUACUGGGCUUUCAACAACAAAGGGGAGAAAAUUGGAGAAUAAUGAGAUUGUUCAUUUUUCAUUUCCUCAGCCUGGGAGUAGUAAGAAUAGUUCACAGUGGGGUGGGUCAAGAGCUGCUAUUGCUGCUGCAUCAUCCAUUGUUAGGUUCUCGACUAAGCGUUCGGGGGAGAUUGGCCGUCUCCCAAUGGAAUGGGCGAAAUGCCUCAUACCGCUUGUAAAUUCUUCAAAGGUAAAGGUUCUUGGUCGAUGCGUUGCUGCACCUGUAAAUCUGUCCCUAAUGCAGGAGCUUAUGUUGUAUGUAAGUUUCUACAUUGACCACACAGUGUUUACGACCUGUGAUAAGUCAUCAUGGAGGCUGGAUUUUCCCUUGCAAAUUGAUACCACAACGUAUCCACUACUUACACUGUUCAAGUUACUCAAAGUCAAACCCUUUCAGAAUGCUGAGUUCACCCCAGAAGAGCUUGAUUCUCGUAAACGCCAGCUCAAUUUAGACUCAGAUUCAAACGAAGCUGCUUCACUGUUAUCAGUCGCAAAACGAAGAAGGGGCUGCCAGCCGUAUUCAGAGCCAAACAAAGAUGAGCAAGUUAUAUCCGAAGCAUCUCUUAACAAGCUAGUCGGUUCUGUAGACGUGUAUGACUUGAAGGAGAUGGAGGCUCCCGAUACGCUUAUGUGCAGCCUGAGGUCUUACCAGAAGGAGGCUCUUUAUUGGAUGUCGGAAUCAGAGAAAGGAGCUGGUGUAGAGGAAGCAUCGAAAACUCUUCAUCCAUGUUGGGCAGCGUAUCGGAUAUGUGAAGAGAGGAAAAUAUAUGUCAACAUUUUCUCCGGGGAAGCAACUACCGACUUCCCAACUGCAUCAAACGCAGCACGUGGAGGGAUAUUGGCAGAUGCGAUGGGGCUUGGAAAGACUGUGAUGACAAUUGCUCUAAUACUAGCAAAUCUCGGCAGGGGUAGUCCUGAUGAUCAGGAUAUUGUCAUGGAAGACGCAGAUGAAACUGAAUGUGCGACAAAAAGAAUCAGUUAUACUGAUACAGAAGUCUCAAGAAAAGUAAAAGGCGGCACUCUCAUUGUGUCUAUGGCAUUACUAGGCCAGUGGAAGGAUGAACUCGAAGCACAUUCAAAACCUGAUAGCGUUUCAGUUUUUGUUCAUUAUGGCGGGGAUAGAAGUAAUGACCCUAGAGUGAUAGCGGACCAAGAUGUUGUUCUGACAACUUAUGGCGUCUUGACCGCAACUUAUAAGGCUAAUAAUGAGAAUAGCAUAUUUCAUAAUGUUGAUUGGUACCGGGUGGUUCUGGACGAGGCGCACACCAUAAAAUCCUGGAAGACUCUCGGUGCACAGGCUGCCUUUACUUUAUCAGCACAUUGUAGGUGGUGUCUUACUGGUACUCCUCUUCAAAAUAAUUUGGAAGACCUUUACAGUCUUUUAUGUUUCUUGCGUGUCGAGCCAUGGUGCAACUGGGCAUGGUGGAGCAAGUUAAUACAGAGGCCUUACGAAAAUGGUGAUCAAAGAGCUCUAAAGUUGAUCAAGGCCAUUUUGCGGCCGCUGAUGUUGAGGAGAACGAAAGAUACCAAGGACAGAGAUGGAAGGCCGAUUCUUGUUCUCCCUCCAACCGACAUUCAAGUCAUUGAGUGUAAACAAUCAGAAGCUGAGCACGAUUUCUACGAUGCCCUCUUCAAGAGAUCUAAAGUUCAAUUCGAUCAAUUUGUGGCGCAAGGAAAAGUUCUUCACAACUACGCUAACAUUCUUGAAUUACUACUUCGAUUGAGGCAGUGCUGCAACCAUCCUUUCCUUGUGAUGAGCCGAAGUGAUACACAACAAUUUGCUGAUUUAGACAAGCUAGCAAGAAGGUUUUUGGAAACAAAUCCCGAUUCAUCGACACAGAAAGCUCCAACACCAGCAUAUGUAGAAGAAGUUGUUGAGGGAAAUCGAAAUGGCGAAAAUACGGAGUGUCCUAUAUGCCUUGAAUCAGCAGAUGACCCUGUGUUAACACCAUGUGCUCACAGAAUGUGCAGAGAAUGCCUUCUUUCGAGCUGGAGAACUCCGGCAAGUGGACUUUGCCCGAUUUGUAGGCAAAUGCUACAUAAACAUGAGCUAUUGACAUGUCCUUCUGCAAAUCGGUUUCGCGUUGAUGUUGAGAAGAAUUGGCAAGAAUCUUCAAAGGCCUCGAAGCUUAUGGCUUGCUUGAAGUCUAUACGAAAAUCUGGCGAAAUACGAAGAGCUAUUAUGCUCUCUUCCCACAUCGACAGAUGAGCAAGUGUGAAGGUGAAGUAGGUGAAUAUAAAUACAAAGGAUGAGUGAAUCUUAAAAAAAUUAAAAAGGGUCGGUUGGCUAAAUAUGCCACUCUCGCCCUCAGCGGUGAGUGCUGUAUGGCUAUCAAGACAUAUGGCCGACAUAAUUUGUGGAACCCACAAAAGGGUUGGCUCCUCAUUGGCCGACCCUCCAA